GUCAAGUCAUACAUUGCCAUUUUAGUCUUUUGUUGGUGUGCACGCAAACCCAGCAGUCUACACCUGCCUCAGAAUUGGUACAUCUUGUGACCUCAUACGUAGGCGUUGUUGUUGAAUGGCAUUGUGGUCUUGAAACGCCCCUAACGUUACUUGAAUUUCAAGUCUCAUUCAUUAGAGAGGUAAAACCCGUUUUCCUUGUAACAUUAAGUGUAAUUCAUAUGUCGUUGUGAAAGGUAUAUUGGUGGAUAACUGUCGAUCCAUUACCAUUUGAUCGAUAAGAUAUCUACAAGACCACUUAAAGCAGCAGCGUGAUUGAGUUUAGAAGCUACGUUAGCUACGAGGGUGUUAGCACCUUCCAACACUGGUGUUGUUCUUACAUCGGACCCCAUGCUCAGCGGCUUCAUUUCGUGUGUGUUGCACUAACCUCCCUUACUGUGGAUCCACAAUGAAGGCCUUGAUUCUGGUCGGUGGUUAUGGUACACGAUUACGACCCCUGACUCUCAGUGUGCCUAAACCUCUGGUGGAUUUUUGCAACAAACCUAUUCUCCUGCAUCAGGUGGAGGCACUAGUGAAUGCUGGAGUAAGCCAUGUCAUUCUGGCUGUUAGCUACAUGUCGGAGUUGCUGGAGAGAGAGAUGAGGGCACAAGAGGAAAGGCUUGGUAUUACAAUUUCACUGUCACAUGAGAAGGAACCUCUGGGAACAGCUGGACCUCUUGCUUUGGCGAGAGAGUUGCUGUCCGACAACGAGGAGCCUUUCUUUGUACUCAAUAGUGAUGUUAUCUGUGACUUCCCAUUUGAGGAUAUGUUGAAGUUCCACAAGCAUCACGGCAAAGAGGGCACCAUUGUGGUGACUAAGGUGGAAGAGCCAUCAAAAUAUGGAGUUGUGGUGUAUGAGGGAGAGACGGGAAGCAUUCAUCGGUUUGUGGAGAAGCCGCAGGUUUUUGUUUCAAACAAGAUCAAUGCUGGGAUGUACAUUUUUUCACCCUCUAUGCUUCAGAGAAUUCAGUUAAGGCCCACUUCAAUAGAGAAGGAAAUCUUUCCUGUGAUGGCAGAGCAGGGACACCUCUAUGCCAUGGAACUUCAGGGCUUCUGGAUGGACAUCGGCCAGCCUAAAGACUUUCUAACCGGCAUGUGCAUGUACCUGCAGUCUGUUAGACAGCAGACCCCAGAGAGACUGCGCACUGGACCUGGAUUUCAUGGCAACGUACUUGUGGAUCCAACGGCAGUGAUUGGGGAGAAUUGCAGUAUUGGACCAAAUGUGACUUUGGGGGCAGGUGUUGUUCUUGAGGAUGGUGUGCGCAUUAAGCGCUGCACUGUGCUGAAGGGGGCACGUGUGCGCUCCCAUUCCUGGCUCGAGUCCUGCAUUGUUGGCUGGAGCUCCUCUGUGGGCCAGUGGGUGCGGAUGGAGAAUGUGACGGUGCUGGGUGAGGAUGUGAUUGUCAAUGAUGAGCUCUACCUCAAUGGGGCCAAUGUACUGCCUCACAAAUCCAUCACAGACUCUGUUCCUGAACCACGGAUCAUCAUGUAGCCUGGACCUUGCCAACAAACAUCACUCUCAAAGUGCCCAAAUAUGUGACAAACUAGUCAAAGAGGGUGAGGCAACUGAUGGAGCACCUAUGUGUUUGGUUGGUUGUUGAUUGAUUUAUGAUGGGGAAGAAAACUGACUGAUUAUGGACUACAGAAGAGAUUAAACUUCUGAGAGAUAUGCAUCAUAGUGGGCACUAAGUAGCACUAAUUCUAUGGAAGGAAUUCGAGCAUCAGUUUGGUAUUUUCGUAAAAGCGAAGACAUAUUAGUGGGAUUGCUUAUUGGAACUCCACACACCCAUGAAGGAGUUAGGCAGAAGGUUAAGACAUCACAUUGCCUUAAGACCAGUUGGGAUAAGGGUUACUUUUAUUAUGCAUUUUUUUUCUGUCUUGGUUUUUGUCUUUUUUGUAAGCUCAGCUUUUGCCUCCCAGUGUCUUAUGUGUGAUGGGUUUUAUGUUAGAAAGACAGACUGGUCUAGUCUUGUUACUUUGAUUUUAUAUCAUUAUUUUAAGAACCCAACAUUAUAACAGGUUUCCCAAAUGUGCAAAGGUUGUUAUUAUUGGGUGAGGAGCUGCUCAGUUGCAAGGGUCAUUAAUUAAGAGUUUGUAUUCUUUUAUCAGUGAUCAAGAACAAAGAAAUGUGAUGAUGCACCUUUGUCAUUUCUAUCAGUGCAAGAUUCAAGAUUCAAUCCUUUUGCAUUCAUAUAAAAAGAAUCAGACAUC